GUUUGGUCAUCAACUUCUGUGAUCUGCCUUAACAGCUGACUAUCUGAACUUGCAGCCCGUCAGUAGAGCGGCUGCUCAUAGUGUGUGGGGAAAGAGGGGCAUGAAAGUAGGACAGAGUAGUCUGGCCCCUUCCUUUCGGACCAGAAGCAAAGAUUCGUUGCAGUGGGAGAGGAGACAUUAGUCCUGUGUAGAAAGGAAACAGACAGGGUGUGCCGUGAGGAGAAGCCUCUGGGUUUCAGAUCAGUCAGUCCACUUUUGAUUUUUACAGAUAUUUUAAUUCGACAGAAAUUGGAAACAUGCACAAGCGUACCAAGAUAAAGAUCGCCAUCUUCGUGCUGCUGGUGGGCAUGGCUUGCAUGUUCACAGCAGUGGUAACGGACUACUGGGCAGUGCUCAGCCCACCAGUGGAGAGGUUCAAUGAAACCUGUGAGGCGGCCCACUUUGGCCUGUGGAGAUUGUGUAAGAAGCACAUCUACAUCACCCAGGCAAACUACGAGGAGGGUCAUGGCUGUGGACCAAUCAGCCUUCCUGGAGAGGAAAAUUGCACUUACUUCAGGCACUUCAAUCCAGGACAAGAUGCUGAGAUAUUUGAAUACAAAACACAAAAAGAGUACAACAUUUCUGCUGCAGCCAUCUCCAUUUUCAGUCUGGCUUUCAUGAUCCUCGGAUCUCUGUGUUUGCUGGGAUCCUGCACUGGGACAGGCAAGGGAAGAGACUACCUUCUCAAACCUGCAGGAAUGUUCUUCGCAUUUGCAGGUAUUUGUGCCUUCAUCUCACUGGAGGUGAUGCGUCAGUCAGUGAAACGCAUGAUUGAGAGCGAGGACACUAUCUGGAUUGAGUACUACUACGCCUGGUCCUUCGCUUGUGCCUGCUCCGGCUUUGUCCUCCUCUUUCUCACUGGCAUUGCACUCCUCAUCCUCUCUAUGCCUCAGAUGCCAAGAAAUCCUUGGGAGACAUGCAUGGACGCCGAGCCAGAGCAAGCAGAGUGAUGUUAGACGGUGAAAUUCAUCCACCAAUCAGUUCUAAUGUUUUGUUUGAAACACUAGACUUAUUUUGAGAUUAGAAGUUUCAUUCUUCUUUUUUUUUUUUUUUUUA